AUGACUUCUGUUCUCCCCGCACCACUUGGAGACGUGGAACUAUCCGUACCCUUUGCGCGAUCGAACUUAACCAUGACCAUGCCCAAGGCACAGGAGCCGACGCCGCCGCAAAAUCUUAUGCAGGAAGAUGACUUGCAGCGUGGUCGCCGCCGCAGUCGAUCUCUCGACGGCAAUGAUAGCGACCAGGCUGGCGAGGGUGACAAUAGGAAUGACAAUUCAUCAAACUCUGAUGGACCAGUGAGGAAGCGGAGGCGGAGUCGUAAAGGUCUCGACAAGAAAUUCGAAUGCCCUACCGAAGGUUGUGGCAAGAGUUAUUCGAGGGCCGAGCAUCUCUACCGUCAUCAAUUAAACCAUUCACCGAAGCAGAUAUAUAGAUGCGACUUUCAGGAUUGCAAGCGCCAGUUCGUCCGACUUGACUUAUGCAACCGCCAUAAAGAUCGCCAUACUGCGAAGGGGUCUGCGCUGAGUCGAAAGGAUUCGUUAAUCAGCCAGACUUCCCCCGUCGACAACGUAAGAGCUCCGUACCCUACACCUAGUGCGGUUUCUCCCGAUUCCGACAGGCUUGGGCCAAGCUACACUCAAGGACACGGAGCUCACUAUGAAUACCAGUCCCCAAAAGAUACCAUCGGCACACCCUACACCCCGAUAGCAAAUACACCACCGACGGGCUUCCCUCAUACUGGUCCUUCAAAUGGAGUUGACAGUUAUAUGCACCAUGACCCAAGCUAUCCCGGCUCUCAUGGUGCGCGACAUCCGCACCACUCCCCUACUGGCCCUCCGCGGCCCUUGGUUCAGUCCAAUGUUAGCGGUCCUUAUGGUGUUAUGUCACCCGUCACGACACAACAUGGCAAUUACCAUGGCCAACUCAGCAAUACUCCCCAGUCCGCCCCAUCUAUACCAUAUGUUACUCAACAGAACUUGACACCAUUCACUCUACCGCCUUCGGAUUUCUCGACCACCUCCGCUGCUGGUAUGUCCAGAGAGCCUGGACAGCCUUACACAUCGCAAGCCUCUAAUGAAUACAGUGAUCAUUCACAUGCCCAGUCAAAUGGUGAGAUGGUGUUAUUAGAUCAAAUGGCAACGCAAACUACCAUUCCAGUGUUUGGUAGCGACGGUGUCUUGAAUAAGUCUCCAUAUGUGGCUAUUCCAGAAGACUUUUUCGCAUAUUUGUUCAACACCGACGGCUCACCUCAGAUGGGCCAUGUGAUGCCGCAUAACCAGUAUGCUAACUACGGAGAACACCAGUAUAGCAUGCCAUAUUAUGGAACGGACGGUGGACCUCUCGGCUAUUUCCCACCAUCUUCCCAGCCGCAACAGGUGAUGGCAGUCACAAACCUUCUCGAUCCAAAUCUUCCAGAAUCCCUAUUAUCUGAAGAAAAGAGCCAGGAAAUUUUUGACUUUAUCAAGGAAAGGUUUCACGAAAACGACCAUGCGCCGGUUGAACGUCAACGGGAGAGUAUUUUGGAUGGGGACAGAAGCGACGAGAACCACAUGCUAAGUCGAAAGAUGAUGCAGCAGUAUAUAGGCUCUUUUUGGCUUCACUUCAGUGAUCAAAUUCCUAUCCUACACAAGCCGACUUUUUCGCCAGAUAAAACUCCGAAUUUAUUAUUGAUAGCUGUGAUGGCCAUAGGUGCGGCUUGCCUGGAUAGGACACAUGGACCAAAAGUCAUAAGAGCUGGAUCUCAGCUCUCUAACUUUCUUGCGUGGCAUCUUAGGUGGGAGAUAUUUAUGGACGUAAAUUGCCGCCCCCCGGCGAAAAUAUGGGCCUUCCAGACUCUGCUACUGUUAGAGCUAUACGAGAAGAUGUAUUCGACAAGGGAACUUCAUGAACGAGCCCACAUACAUCACGCAACAACGAUUACGCUGAUGCGAAGAGGAAGAUCGUUAAUUGGAAAGUCAGCACUCGAUUCACCACCGAAUCCUCGAGAUGAGAAAUUAGGGACGAAUGGUUCUAGACAUUCUUCCACGUCGGGUCUUGCACACACGCCAGAUGAGUGGUGGAACCACUGGAUCACGAACGAAACUACCCGGCGGGCUGCGUUUGCCGCAUUUCUCAUCGAUUCGAUUCACGCAACGAUGUUCGGGCAUUCAACUGUGAUGGUCGCGCACGAAAUGCGCCUACCGCUUCCUUGUGACGACCAAUUAUGGAAGGCAACGAGUGGCGCUGAAGUUGGUAGGAUCGAGGCUAAUCUCAUGUCCAACGGAAUCAAGCCUAUCUCGUUUCUAGAAGGGCUCAAGCGAACUCUUGCCGGGCAAGAAGUACAGACGAACCCUUUUGGUCGGCAGAUUCUUAUGGCAGGUUUGCUAAGUGUGAGUUGGCAUAUGAACCAACGUGAUCUCCAAGUCAGCUCACUUGGUGGCGGCGUGCAGCAAGCUCUUGGUGGUCGCGACAAAUGGAGAUCGACACUUACGAAAGCAUUCGACUCGUGGAAGACGGACUUCGAUAAGUCGUUACAAUGCAAUGAUACAAUGGCUGACCCAUAUAGCUAUGAUAAGCGGAACGAGGCGAAUGUGGUUUUCGAAAGCCGGACCGUGCUACAUCAUCUAGCACACAUGGCAAUGCACGUGGAUAUUGUCGAUUGCCAAAUAUUUGCCCGUGCAAAACGGCUACUCGGUAGGGCGAUCGGCACACAAGAUUUGAAUAGCGCCCAGCGGAGGAUGAAGGACCUUUGGGCCCCUUCUGCAAAAGCUCGUGACGCUACCUUCUACGCCGCCAAGUUCUUGUGCUCGGUAAUGCUCCCGGAAAAUGCGAGUUCCCAUCCGGAUGGCUACAACCGCCAGUCAGGAAUCGUUAUGUAUCUAGCUAGGGACGACGUCUUACUGAAUCGACCUUGGGUGCUUUACUUCGCAGCAUUAGUUGUGUGGUGCUAUGGGUACGCCCUCGAGGGACCUUGCGCCAAGAUCCCAAUUCCCACCACUACACAGGAGAAGAUGAACCAAAUGCGUGACUACUUGCAACGGGUUGGCUCUGUAUCAUCACCGGAAGACUUGAAGGGCAUGAAAGGUGUCAAUAACAAUAGCGCCUUGCUUAUAGUACUCAAAGAUUCAUUCGAGUCGACGCGGUGGGAAUUGCUCCACGAAGGAGCGACAUUGUUGAGCAACUGUAUUCAACUCAAUAGCGGUGCAAGCUUGUAG